AUGCCACCCUUUCAGCUGGCUCCGUUAUCCCCAAUACCGCUGCUUCCAAAGCCACUCGCAUCUCACGCAAACCUGGAUGCCCUAGUCGUUGGCUUCCCCAACCUCUUUUGCUCCCUGUCCAUUCUCCUCAGUAGUCCUCUCUUCCGUAUCCCCGUAGAUGGAGCCGCCAGGGCACGCCGUGCGGCAACGGACAAGGAGAUGCCUUCCGAGCCGGAAGGCCCCAUCCGCUCUCUGGACCCCGCCCUGGCCGCCACCCGCCGCGCCCGAUUCCGCGCAGAGGCCAGCCGGAUGCAGCUGCUGGAGGACACCUCCAUGCCGGACGACCUGGCGGCGGCCGAGGAGGACUACGACGAGCCGGAGGAGCUGUACAACGAGGAAGGUAUCCCCAUGGAGCCCUUCCACCUGAGGGCGGAGCGGGAGGCGGGGUACUUCGAUGCCGAGGGCAACUACCUGGAGUACCGGCUGGAGGCUGAGGACACAGAUGCCUGGCUGGAGAGCAUUAUGAGCUGGGCUAGGGGCGUCUCUUGGAAAGUACGGUUUUGCAUGCAGGACGAGCAUCGUCAGGUUAGGGCGGAUCCGGAGUUGGCGGCGCGAAGGCGCAAGGCCGCCGCCGCGGCCGGACUGGGGUCGGGGGGCAUAGCGGGGGGACCUGCGAGCGGCGGCGCGCCGGCGGGGAAGAAGGGCCGGCGGCAGCGCGGAGGCGGUACUGCCGCCGCAGCCACCGGCAGUGCACAAGCCGAUGCUGAAGAUGAUGCCAAAGUUGAGGACGAGGAUGACGAUGACGAUGACGAUGACGGACCGUACGACAUGCACAUGCUGGACGACAUAGGCGCCGUACUGGACGAGGACGAGCGGGCGGUGUAUCAGAAGCGUGUGGCGGAUUUGCUGCAGCCCGGGGAGACGCCGCUGGACGGCUUGCGGCGGCUGGGCAAGAUGAUGCACGAGGAACCUGCCGCCGCCGCCGCCGCCGCUGCCAGCGGAGGCGCCGCCGCCGGAAAACCCAGAUCGCGACCCGCAACCUCGACCGAUGGUGGUGGUGCAGGUGGUACUGGUGGUGCAGGUGGAGUAGAUGUCGAUGGCUCCAAAGGGGAGGCAGCCGGUCGGGGCGGCGGUGCUGGUGGGGGUGUUGAUGGUGCGGAGGUUGCUGCAGGUGAUGACGUACAAAUGAAGACCGCGACGGGGCAUGUAGCCGUUGGUGCUCCCGGCGGUGCCGAGGGCGGCGGCGGCGGCGGCGGUACCGCAGGAUCAAUGGCGCACCUGUCAUGCGGCGAACGGCAGCGGCUUCGUAAGCAGCGGCGGGAGCAGCAGCAGGUGGCGGGGGGCUCGCCGACGGCAGCGACCAUGCCCGCUGUGCCGCCGCCGCCGCCGCCGCCGAUGCAGCAGGACCGGCCGGAUAACGAGGCGGAGGCCGCGGGCCAGGCGGUACCAGCGGAUCCGAGCCGGGGGUCGCCGGAGGAGGUCGGCGGGCAAGAGGGAGUGGAGGCAGCGGGAAGGCAGCAGGGUGGGAGCCGCACUUCCGGUGGCGAUGUGGAGAUGGAGGAAGCGGGAACAGGGCGCAAAGAGGAGCUGGGAGAGGGGGAAGCCGCGGCGGCAGCGGCAGCGGCGGUGGCGGCGGAGCCGUGUCCUGGUGACGCGCCCCCGUCACCGCUUGCCAGGCAGUCCGUGGCGGAGGCGACGGCGGCGGCGGCGGCUCGACGACGUGCGCCAGCUGGGGAGCUAUCGGAGGCGGCCAAGGAAGCGCGGCGCCAGUUCGACGCUCUGACCAGCUACGCCAACCUACUGCUGUCCGCCGGCAUGUACGACGUGUACAACAGCACACGCGAACAGCUGCUGCGCGCGGCCCAGCGCGUCUUGGGUGUGGACGUUGUUCGGAGCCUCACGGUGGACGGGCACCGACCCGUGGGUCAGGCGGCGACGGCCGUGAAGGCAAACCCUAAGAGGCCCGCACCCGCCGGGGGGCCCGAAGGCCGCGGCGCGACUGCCGGCGGCAGCGGUGGCGGUGAAGGCACGGUCGACCAGCCCGAUGACGGUGACGGCGACCAGAUCCUUGCCGCUGGUGGCGGCGGCUCGGGGGCCAGUGUCAACGCAGCUCAGGAUGGUGAUGUGGACAUGUUCGAGGAUGGCGAUGAAGAUGACGACGAGGGCCGGGGCGGCAGUAGUGGUGGCAGUAGAGGUGGCAGUGGUGGUGGUGGUCCGUUGCAGCUGCAGCUGGGGUACUACCAUGAUACGGCGACGGGGCUGUACGGCGAUGCAAACACGGGACUGUGGUACCGUUACGUGGCGAGGGAGGGUACCGGAGGGGACGAGGGAGGGGACGGCGCAGUGCCGUCGGGGCGGUUUGAGCUGGCUACGGCGUCGGAGCAGCAGCGCCAGCAGCAACAAGAACAGGGGGGGUUAGGUCAGAGGCAGGAGGUGGCGGGGGCUGCAGCCACUGGAUGA